UCAAUGAUGAUACUUUCUGAGACAUCUUCACCAACCAAUUCUUUAACUCUAUUCUCUAGGCACUUGCUAUACUCAGUGUAGUGCUCAUAUACAGUGGUGCUUUUUCAGAUAUAUCAAAGGUUCAAGUACUUGUGUUGUUUCAGUCCAUAAGUAGAAGCUUGUUCAUAAAAAGAGGCAAACAUAGGAAGAACACAACAUUGCAAGCAAGAUGUGGCAAAGAAGCCACGGGUCUUCGGAGGAGAGGAAACUGGAGCUUAGGCUUGGUCCACCUAGUGAAGAUUCUCUCAAUGAAAGCAUCAAAAAAUGCAUCACAGAAAGAAACGAAUCACCACUUUCUCUUGGUUACUUCUCAACUCACGAAAUUUCCGCUUCUGACAAACCAGGUCCAGGUGGGGCUAUGGUGCCCACUGCAUGGAGUUCCGCAUCUUACCACCAACACCAAGCUAAACCAUCAUUUUUUCAACUCCAAUCAAGGCCACAAAACGUGUUAAUGAUGAGAAAGGAAGUGCCACAACUUUGUUGUGUAGAGAACAAGGCAUUCUCACACUCUUCUGCAGAUGCAGCCGUGUCCACAAGAACUGCUUCGGGUCCAGUAGUGGGUUGGCCUCCAAUUCGUUCCUUCAGGAAGAACAUUGCAAGUGGAAGCUCUUCAAAGCUGCAUACUGGGUCCCAACAAUAUCAACACUUUGUUCCAGACAACGUUGCUAUCCAAAAACCUACUCACAACUGUGGCAAAGGCUUGUUUGUGAAGAUCAAUAUGGAUGGUGUUCCUAUAGGAAGAAAACUGAACAUCAAUGCUUAUGACAGCUAUGAAAAACUUUCCUCUGGUGUUGAUGAGCUCUUUAGAGGCCUACUCGCAGAGAUGAAGUUAUCUCAUAUUGCCUCUUCCCACUGUUGUUCUGCACAAAGAGAUUCCUGUGCUGGUGGAAUUCAAAACAAGGGAGAGGAAGAGAAAGAGAAAGCCAAUACAAGUUUUCUGGUUGGAAGUGGAGAAUAUACUCUUGUUUAUGAGGAUAAUGAAGGAGACAAAAUGCUUGUUGGAGAUGUACCUUGGCACAUGUUUGUGUCGACAGUGAAGAGGCUGAGGGUGUUGAGAAGUUCUGAUCUUCCUGCAUUUACACUUAGUAGUAAGCAAGACUAGUUGAUUUGGCAAUGAAGAAAGAAGCGGUUUGGAGCAUUCUUCCAUUCUGAAACUCGAAGACUAAAGAGUGUUUUUAUUUGAAAUUUUAGUUUCUUUUUCAAUGUUGAAUAUUAUGCAAAUGAAAUGUUCAAUUAAUAAGCAAUGUUUGUAUGAAGUUUUGAUUUGUUUCUGCACUUUACAGUAGUGCAAGGAUAAACUCACAGAUGUGUGUACUCAUGA